AUGUUUCGAUCACUAAACAAAUGGCAGAGAUUGGGUACAACUGUAUCAUUCCGAAACUUAUUGUCCACCGUUGUAACUAAUGCGGAAAAUUCACCGACUAACAAGGAAUUAUCAUCAAAUAUGAUGGAUGAAAUCGGGAUACCGUAUGCUAUUAAGCGCAGUUCAACCGAUUUGCUUCGUGCACUGGCUAAUACAAUUGACGUCGACCCAACAGCUCCACAUUUUGCUCUUAUCGAUGAUCCGUUGACAAUUCCCACAGAUUCGCAGCGUGAUUUAUAUUUUGUUGCUAAGGAAAUGGGACGUCGUGCAGCUCAACAGCUUGCUCAAGAAUGGCCAACGUUAUUCAUGUAUGAUACAGAUAUACCACGUAUUCAAGCUUAUCGACCGCAGAAAUCACCCGAUCCUUCUGAACUUGCUCCAACUAUUGAAAAUUUGCAAAAAUUGGUUGCAAAGAAGGAAGUAAUCGGUGCAAAUCAGUUAUAUGAUAAAUUGGCCGCUGAAAAUGUUACAAUACCUCGAGAAGUAUUGGUUGAUUUAUUUCGCUUGUUGGUUUAUUAUAACGGUAACUCAAUCCCAUCGGCUGAAAUACCAUGGCAUGGAUGGCGAAAUUAUGGUUGUCAAAUGGAACAAGAACCAGAAAUAUGGGAUAGUGGUGGUGCAGCUGAUCUUUUAUUCGAAGAGCUUGAGAAAGAUGAAGAAAUUUAUUCUUUAAUGGUAGCUGGAUUAUGUAAAUAUCGUAACGCUGAAUGUACCACACGCGCUUUGAAACUUUAUAAGGAAAUGCGCGAGAAAGAUUUUGUUCCAACUGUUGAAGCAUACUAUGGUCUAAUUACAAUUGCGAAGACUUGGCAGGAAGCGGUAUUUUAUUUGGAAGAUAUGGCAUUACGAAAUGUUAAACCAAAUAUUGGAAUUUUCAAUGUUCUAAUCGAGAAAUCUAUGUCAAUACAACUUCGUGAACAGUUUAGUACAGCAGUCAAAAUAUUGAAUGAAGCAAGAGCCGUUGGAUGUAAGCCAAGUUUACGUACAUAUUCAUUAAUGAUGAAGAGUUGUCUAAAGCAGAGGAACAUUAGCAAGUCUGUUCCGUUAGCGCAUCUAGUACAUAUUCUGACAGAACUUGAGCGAACUGAAGCAAUUGAAAUGUUGGAAAAAGGUGAUGAAGAAUUUUUCAUUAGUGCGAUGGAUUUUGCAUUCCAGACAAGGAAUAUUGAAAUUGCAGAGAGAAUAUUAGUCCUCUAUCGUGCACCAAACAAUUUUGUUCGCUUACCCGCUUUUUUGGGGGAAGCGGAAUUUUAUGGAUUAUAUCUGCGCAUUGUAAUUAAUCAGUUGCCUCUACAAGAGCUUGAAAAGCAGUACAUAUCAUUAGUCCCACGAGCUGUUCCACUAUCUAGUAAUUUGGCAAUGAUUAUGCUUCGAAGAUUACAGAUUGAAAAGAAUAUACCAUGGUUAUUUUCGCGCCGAUUGAUUGAAGAUUUUAUUACGAGCAGACAUAUUUUGCGAUCUCAUCUAAAUCAGCAAUUACGCUCUUAUCUGCUUAACAUAGAUUUAAAGAAGAUGACUGUGGAAGAAAGAGAAGAGCUCCGCAAUUUAGUUGUGAAAAUUGUUGACAUUUUUGUGGAAAUAAGCCGGUUUUCGGAAGUAAAGCACUUGCAAAAGAUUCAAAAGAAGUUGGAAUCUGAUUUUAUAGCGGAUAUGUCGUUGAUGAUGAUGAAAUUGGAAGAGAGGGAACGUGCAUGGAAAUUCCUAUCAUUGCUAUUAGAUGAAGAAGCUAAACAAGGCGAAGCUGCUACAGUUAGCAAUGAAAGAUCUCCGAAUUACGAAACUUUAAAUUUGUUAAUGCAGGAAGCACUGAGUGAGGGUAAUUGGUAUAAUGCGAGCUGUUGUUUGCAAAUUAUGGCAUUAUAUUCGCUGUCAGAAGAUUUGAAAUCGGAAGUGGAGCGUAUCAAUAAAUAUUGCAACUUAACUUCGAUACAGAAAAAGAUUUUAGAAAACUUUACUGGUAUAUAG